AUGGAGGUGGACGGUGACAGUGAGGAGACCGUGAUCGGAAACAAAGAAGGCUAUCGUGUUUGCUCGGACAAGUCUAUGUACCAUGCAGCUCCGUCGCAGGAACGUCGCCGCCGGUUGCUCCUCUCAACCGAUCGAGUCUUCGCCGACACGGUCCUACCAUCGCUUGUCCAACAUCCAGAUAUUGAACUACGCUUGAUCACCGACGAACCCUCCGCGCUGCUGGCAGGCACGAACAAGAUACCCCAUUAUAUGGAUACAGUGGAUGGCACUACCUUUGACAAGAAGACAGGGGCGCGGAAAUGGCUGAAAGCAAAGACAGCCGAGCUGUGCGAAUGGGCGGACAUGCUCCUGGUUGCACCUAUCGAUGCGGGCGCCCUUGGUUCGAUGCUGGCGGGGUUGACGAACACAUUGACCUUAGCACUCUUGCGGGGCUGGGUCUCUUCCAAACCAGUCAUCCUGAUCCCGGGCAUGACCGUGUCGGAAUGGGAUCACCCAUUAAGCGCGCGUCAGCUCGAUGAAAUGAACCGCUUCUGGCCAUGGAUCCGCACCGUGAAGCCUGUACUUUGGAAGUCGAACGGCCCCGAGGAUUUAACACCCUUACCUUGGGAUGGUCUAGACGAGCUUCACAAACGCCUCGAAACUUCAUUGAAUCUACCUCCAUGGGACCUAUCACUAACAAAAACCCCCACGGUAAAAGGCAGCUCGAGCGCAACUAAAUCCUCUUCAACCGUCGAUCUUUCUUCGGGAAAAGGCUCCGCUAGCAGCAAAGCGUCUGCACUUCUUUAUCUACAAACACACUGGCCGAACACCGAACACAAGGCCUGCACUCUUCCCUUGGAAAUUUGGCUCAAUAUUUUCGAAGACCAGCUGAAUGAUUGGGAAGUUGCGAAGGCAGUUGGGAUUCCUACGAACAUCCCUGUCCCUCAAGAAUGGCAGAGCCAUCUUUUAAAAAUGUCCACCCCCGCAUCCCUUGAAUAUACGAUUCUUCGAGGCUCUUUUGCCGCCAUUAAAAAGCGAAUUGACGGCUUGCCUCGCUGGAAACCCCUGUCCGACCUUGCUUGCCAUCUGAUUGUGAAAUUUUCUCGUACGGACAUCCUCACCUAUCUUACUGAAAAUCAUCUUGAUCUCCUUUGGACAACAUCUCGCCUCACCAACAUCCCCUAUCGCGCAUCUGCGAUCUACGGAAACCCCACAGUUUUGACGUGGUGGCGCGACGCCCCUGCUCUACCGAACAAGGAAUACAUGGCCGAUGCCAUGGAUGGCGCCUCUCGAGCUGGCUUCAUUCAUGUCCUCAACUGGUGGCUCAACUCUGGUCUUCCGCUCCGGUACAGUGAACGUGCACUUGAAUCCGCCAGCGCCGAGGGUCGGGUUCCUGUGCUUGACUGGUGGAAGGCCGCUUCGGCUAAAGCACCGUUUUACAAACCCCUUCCUCUUAAAGUAGGCAAGUCAGUUCUUCUCGCCGCGCAAUCUGGCCGCACAGCAUCUCUUGCCUGGUGGGAUGCUUCGGGUAUUCCGUACAGCCAUGCGGAAAAUGUUGCCCGUAUUGCUAGCACCCAUGGCCAUGUUCACGUGCUCGACUUCUGGUACCGGCUAAAGGGACCGAAGAUGAUCUUCGAUAACCAGGUCCUUGUUGGUCCAACGAAGAACGGACAUGAUCACGUUUUGCAAUGGUGGAAGGACUGUGGCCUACGCGUCGAGUUCAAGACCUGCGACAUCGAAGAAGCCCUCGAGGACGCCGUCUCUGGUGCUGACGGUCGCGUUCGCAGCUGGUGGGAACGAAAUGGCCUCAAUCUUGGUGUUGGAACAAGAGAGUGGAUGAAGCCGAAAGUGCUUUGA